AUUCCCUCGUAGAGACGCCUGCACGGCCUCCGGUGAAGGGGGUUGUUGCACUGAAUGUCCGUGUACAGGUUCUUGGUCAUACGUUCAACAUGACUCGAGAUUGGAACCCUGGCGAUCUGAUCUUUGCCAAGAUGAAGGGCUAUCCACACUGGCCUGCCAGAAUUGAUGAAGUCCCCGACGGUGCUGUGAAGCCAUCCAUUAUCAAGCUACCCAUCUUCUUCUUUGGCACCCAUGAAACAGCUUUUCUUGGCCCAAAAGAUAUCUUUCCGUACCAGCUAAACAAAGAGAAGUACGCCAAGCCCAACAAGAGGAAAGGCUUCAAUGAAGGAUUGUGGGAGAUUGAGAACAACCCAAAAGUUGAGCUCACUGCACCCAAGCCAGUCGGCCAUAAUUCUUUUCCUGAAAAAGAUUUGGACAGCAGCCCAGAGGGAGAAGAGGAGUCUGACAACAAGGGGAUGAAACCCAAAGUUCCAGGAAGUGAGGCUGAGCAGGAGAAUGAGAAUGAGGAGGAGGAGGAAGGGUCUCUGAUCUUUGAGGCGGGUCCUCAGAACCAGGAUGGCUCAGCCCAGAAAGAAUCUACAGAUGUUCCUAAACCCAAGAGAGGGAGAAAGAAAAAGAGUGAUGCUGAGCAGGAGACUGAGAAGCACGAUGCUCCUGCUAGUCCUGCUAGUCCCUCAGGUGCAGAAGGUCCAAAACGAAGAGGUAGGAAGCCCAAAAGUGAGAAGUUACUUUUGCUCCAGCAACAGCAGGACCAGCAAGGCUCGGGAAGUGAAAUGGACAUUGCUGAGGCCGACAGAAAGAGAAAGAGGGCAUUGGAGGACAAGGCCAAGAGCGGAGACGAGGAGAAGAGAAAGAAGGACGACAGCAAAGGAAAGGAAGCGGAGGUGAAGGAGCCUGAAGCCAAGAAGAAGAAGAAGGACGACAGCUCCUCAGGCUCUGACGAUGAAGAGACAAACAAAGGCAGAAAGAAACACCAAAAUUCAGAGAUGGACAAAGAUGUGCGGCGACGGAAGGCAGAUGAAUUGAGAGAGCCAAACAAAGAGGAUGGGAAGAAAAAUGAAGAGAGAACAGGAGUCAAGAAAAAGGAAAUGUCAACCGACGUGAAGCUCCAGAUACUGCACAGUGAAAUCAAGAUUUCUCUGAAAAUAGACAACCCUGACAUGAAGAAGUGCCUGGACGCAUUAGAUGAAAUCGGUGCCCUUCAAGUAACAACCCAGAACCUGCAGAAACACAGCGAGCUCAUUGCCACCCUCAAGAAGAUCCGCAGAUUCAAGGCCAGCCAGGACAUCAUGGACAAGGCCACUAUGUUGUACAACAAGUUCAAGAGUAUGUUUCUGGUUGGAGAAGGCGACUGUUUGCUCAGCCAGGUGCUCAACAAGUCUUUCGCUGAGCAACGGCAGCACGAGGACGCCAAGAAGGGAGCGCUGAAGAGAGUGGAGCAGGCCAAGGACAACCACCCAGACAAGAUGACAAAUGGUGAUAUGAGCCCUGAGGAGAAGAGGCAGGAGACGGAGAGACAGAGGCUUCUUGAGGACACCUCCGCGAUGGAAAAUCAAAGUGCCCCAAAAGCUCAGGAGUCCACUUGAAGCCCUACUUGCCGGUAGACAAGAGAAGACGUUUGCUGCUUUGUUCAAACUGGGCGUCGCCUGUCCGGCUCCUUUUGAUGACUGAUAGUGAUCACUGGUUUCCAGUUUACCGACUGUUUGUCAGUGUUGCUGCUUCAAGGUUUCAGUACAUCAAACCCCUCCACCCCCGAGAUAAACUAACUACCAUAUUUUUUUACUUUGCGUAAUCUUUGCCUUUUAGAUAUUCUGUCACACUUGUUGAAUUUGAGUAAUGACUUAGAUCUUUUAGAUCUUGAUGAGCAUGCUCACGGAGACGGGAUUAGUACCGCCUGGUCCUCUUUCCAUUGGCUUUUCAUGGACUCAAUCUGCAUAUGUAUGUCAUAUGACUAACAGAAUCAAUAGUUUAAUCUUAACUUGCAGUGUAUUGAAGUACAGAUGUUUAGUUGUAGUUAGACGUGUCAUUACCAUGUUAAAUAUUGGCUCCAUUAACAUUUUAAAAGUUCUCAAACAAAAUUCCAGAGUUUGCCAAUGUUUAAGUGUCUUGUUUAAAAAGUUUUGUUUUUAACGUAGAUGUAAAUAAGAGUAUUUUUUGUGCCUGUCUGCUGACCUGUUUCUGCAUCCAAUAAUAAAGUACAUAUAGUAUU